UUUUUUUUUUCAUCUAAGAGGAAAUCCUAAGGAAAUGUGUGGGAUCAUCAUGCACUGUGUUUUCAAGAGGCUAAUACGAUAUUGACUACCUGCUUUCAAAACAAGACAGGUUUAUAGCGUCUGGUGACAAACACAACUGUGUUUAGAUAUAUUUAGAGUCGGCGCAGACAGCGGAAGCGACCGUUGUUAGGUCAAAAUGUCGAUUCAGUACGAGGUGGAACAGCUGCCUGACAGCUACGGGGUUUCGGACUCGUUCCCCAAAGAUUUCGGUUAUGGUGAAGAGGAGCCCGACAUCGAGGACAGCUCGUCUCCGUCAGACAGCAAGCCGAGGAUCCUGCUCAUGGGUUUGAGGCGAAGCGGCAAGUCAUCCAUACAGAAGGUGGUGUUCCACAAAAUGUCCCCCAAUGAGACAUUGUUUUUGGAGAGCACCAACAAGAUCUACAAGGAUGACAUCUCUAGCAGCUCCUUUGUCAACUUCCAGAUCUGGGACUUCCCUGGCCAGGUGGACUUUCUCGACCCCACCUUUGACUACGAGAUGAUCUUCAGAGGAACCGGAGCGCUGAUAUUUGUCAUUGAUGCUCAGGAUGAUUACAUGGAGGCUCUGGGACGGCUCCAUCUCACCGUGUCACGGGCCUACAGGGUCAAUCCAGAGAUCAACUUUGAGGUGUUUAUCCACAAAGUGGAUGGCCUUUCAGACGAUCACAAGAUUGAAACGCAGAGAGACAUCCAUCAGAGAGCCAACGAUGAUCUGGCGGACGCAAGUUUAGAGAAGCUGCAUCUUAGCUUCUAUUUGACAAGUAUUUAUGACCACUCCAUCUUUGAGGCCUUCAGUAAAGUGGUACAGAAGCUCAUCCCCCAGCUGCCCACCUUGGAGAACCUCUUAAAUAUCUUCAUUUCUAAUUCAGGGAUUGAAAAGGCCUUUCUUUUCGACGUGGUCAGUAAGAUCUACAUCGCCACAGACAGCUCGCCUGUAGAUAUGCAGUCCUACGAACUGUGCUGUGAUAUGAUCGAUGUGGUUAUUGAUGUCUCUUGUAUAUACGGUCUGAGGGAGGACGGCAGCGGCAGCGCCUAUGACAAGGAGUCCAUGGCGAUCAUCAAGCUCAACAACACAACUGUGCUGUACCUUAAAGAGGUCACAAAGUUCCUCGCUUUGGUCUGCAUCCUGAGAGAGGAGAGCUUCGAGCGUAAAGGAUUAAUAGACUACAACUUCCAUUGUUUCCGGAAAGCCAUCCACGAAGUAUUUGAGGUUGGAGUUUCCUCUCAGCGUCCUUUAGGCUCGCAGGCGGUUGGCUCCCCCUGCAACAAGGCUGUUGCAUUGAAUGGCACGCCGCGCAACACCUUGUAAACACUGCUACUUCAAUAACAGAGAAUAGAUUAAAAACAUGAAAAAUGGAGGGAGGAAGAAGGAAAGAUAGGGUUUAUGUGGAGGAGAGACUACCAUUCUGGCGCUCCAGUCGCAUCCCCUAUCUCCCAGUACCUAAAGCAAUGAUGGGUGCCUUGAGGAAGGAAGCAACAGUGACACAUGAGCGGAGGCAUCUGCUUUAGGUGAAUGUAAAGCCCUAUGUUGGCUGUGUCGAAGUGGAGAAACCACACCUGGACUGGAACAGGUUCAGCAUUUUCCCUCUGAUUUCCUUGUUUUUAUGCAGACGAUUCAAGGAGGAAGGAAAAUAACAACUCUGUCUGACCUCUGCUGGACAAAUUGUGACGUCCUCAUCCUGUGUAGUGACGAACCCGACCAUUUCUGUGCUGAAGAAAAAACAAAGACUGCGGAUGUGAACUGCUAGUCCUAACCCACACACACACGUUCAGAGUUGGCCUUAGGUAGAUGGAGCUUGACGGCAGCACAAGCUUCCUCCUACCUCACUCCACACCGCCCCCUAACCUAAUGCUGCCCAAAACUCACUUUUUGGAUUCACUUGUGAAGGGAAACGGGUGUUGUGAACAGACUCAAAAGGGAUUGUGCUGUCCAUGUAUUAAUGUUGUUGUGAGAGAGUGGAUGUCUGUGUUUGGAUUUCAGUUAAAGGUUUUGAUUUAAUCCCCUUCUGGGCUUCUUGCAGUAAAGGAUCUUUUACUCAAAGUUUACAUCCUUCAUCUUGACAACAGCAGCUCAGCAUAAUUAAAAUUCUACUUUUUAUUUUGGAUUGUGAUGGCUAUAAAAAGAUGUUUGGCUUUUGUUUUAAAGCAUUGCCAAAAAAUGUGAGGAAUAACAGAUUAUUUAAAAAUACACCACAAUUGCAACAGAAAAGGAUUUUCAUAUUCUAAAAUAAACUGGUUAACACUUGCAUGUGUCUCAACCUGUAAUUUCGAAUACAUGCCCAGAUAUUUCUUUUCUUCAUAUUUUGUGUUUUAAUUCUAAUCACAAGGGUUCACAAGAACAAGUUCCCAUUCCAAGCAUGUGUUCAUUAGAGUGUUGUUAUCUUGUAUUGUUCUCAGCCGUAACACUGCUCAUUGUAAUCAAAAGUUAAAAUAAAAAUGAUUUGAAAGAA